CCAUAUUGGAUUACACACAAAUUUUUAUUAUUGAUAACAUUUUCUAGUCAUGGUAAACUUUUGUGCUAUUUACCGUUGUGGAAGUAGAGGGGAUAGAGACAAAAAAUCUUUUUAUCGUUUGCCAGCUGUUAUUACAGGACAAUGUGAAAAAACUCUGGAACUCUCACAGAAACGGCGUGCGAAAUGGCUGGCUAAUGUAUCACGUAGCAUUAAAACUAGCAAUUUACCCUACGUGCGAAUUUGUUCUGAUCACUUCAUUACCGGUAAGCCUUCAACUCUGUUUGACUGCACUAAUCCAGACUGGGCACCUACUAUAAACCUUGGUCAUGACAAAGUUACAGAAGCUUCGGCAGCACGUGACUCGAAGAGAUAUAAAAGAACACUUGGGAGAGAGGAAAAGAAGAAAAGCUUUGACGCAGCUUCAGCAUUACUUCAACUGCAGAUUCCCUAUGAUGAAGAUGAGCCAGGGUCUACCAACACUGUACAUGAGAUAGCAACAGAAAUACCCACUCAGACAGACUUGAAGGCUGCUGCUAUCGCAGCGAUGCAGACAGAGCUUCAGCGUCUACUUACUGAAAAUAAAAACUUGAAACAACAAUUGUCAAGUGAAAAAAUGAAGUUUGAUUUGAAUUUUUUUAAUGAUGAAGAUGAUGAUGAAAAGGUAAAAUAUUACACAGGGCUUCCAGACUUUCGCACACUUAAAAUUUUAUACCAAUAUGUAGAACCUUACAUUCCUCACAGCAGGGCGAGUGUUCUAACCAAGUUCCAACAAUUGAGUCUGUGUCUGGUGAAGCUUAGGCUAAACCUCUCUCAUAUGGACAUUGGACAACGAUUCGGCAUCAACAAAUCCUCUGCAUCAAGGCUUUUUUUAUGCAUGAUAGAUGUUUUACACGCUCGACUCCAACCACUGAUUCAUUGGCCAGAACGUGAACAGCUUAGAGAGACGAUGCCAAUGUCUUUUCGUGUCAAUUUUGGUACUAAGGUGGCAAUUAUUAUUGAUUGUUUUGAAGUGUUCUUAGAAAGACCAUCGAAUCUUUCAGCUCGUGCCUUAACAUGGUCAUCUUAUAAACACAACAACACUGUCAAGUUCCUCAUAGGCAUUACACCUCAGGGCAGCAUAUCUUAUCUUUCAAAGGGAUGGGGUGGGAGGACAAGUGAUAAACAUGUGACAGAACAGUGUGGUAUUCUCUCCCAGUUGAAUCCUGGUGAUGUUGUUCUGGCUGACCGAGGAUUUGAUAUUGCAGACAGUGUAGGAAUGAUGGGUGCAGAGCUAUGUAUUCCAGCAUUCACCAGGGGUAAAAAACAACUAAGUGGUGAUGAAGUAGAGAAAACCAGAAAGAUUGCCAAUGUAAGAAUACAUGUUGAAAGAGUAAUUGGAUCUCUGCGACAGAAAUACACAAUACUUCAAACCACAUUGCCAAUAGACCUAAUGGCAACAGAUGACAAGAAGAAUACAACUAUAGACAAAAUUGUAAUUGUGUGUGCUGCAUUAACUAACCUUUGUCCAUCUGUUGUACCAUUUAACUGAUAUGUUGUUUUGCAGUUUUUCGUGUAUUGCUGCUAAUGUUGCAUUGUAGUGUAAA